AUGGCCAAGGCAUACAAUAAAAUGGAAUGGUCAUUUCUGCGAGAGAUUAUGCUUAAAAUGGGCUUUGAUCAUCGAUGGGUUAACUUUGUUAUGCGAUGUGUCACUACUGUUCGUUACAAGGUUAAUGUCAAUGGGUGUCUCACAGAUUUCAUUUUACCAACAUAUGGUUUGAGACAAGGUGAUCAUUUGUCUCAAUACUUGUUCAUUUUAUGUGCUGAGGGACUAUCUCAUUUAUUUGCUAGGGUUGUUAUAAUUGGAAUGAUUUCACCGUGUGUGGUAGCAAGAGGGGCUCCUGGAGUGUCGCAUUUGUUCUUCGAUGAUGACAAUAUGCUCUUCUUCAAAGCCACGUUAUCUGAAUCUAAGGAUGUGAAGGGCUGCCUUAUUGAGUAUGAGUACAUGUCAGGCCAAUCAGUUAACUUUGGUAAGUCAUCUAUAGUGUUUAGCCGCAAUACGGAGGAAGGUAUUAAGAAUGUUGUUUCAACUAUCUUUAAUGUAACCCAAACCUAUAAUAUUGGAAAAUACUUGGGCUUACCAAUGGGAGUUGGUCGAAAUAAUAAGGAAGUGUUUUCUUAUAUUGGAGCUAAGAUAAACCAUUGUCUGGGUGGAUGGAAUAAGAAUAUGCUUUCGAAAGUAGGAAAGGAGAUACUGCUCAAAAGCAUUGCGCAAGCCUUACCAACGUAUGCAAUGAGUAUAUAUUUCUUGCCAAUCAGUUUCUAUGAGCGCCUUGAACGUAUAAUGAAUGAAUAUUGGUGGACCGGCAUGAGAUCCGAUCUCGCUAGCUACCUGACGGGAGGAUGUUUUAUAGGUAAAGCUUAA